AGCACCUGUUAAAAGGGACUGCAGAGGACCAGACCCACACACCGUGGAAAGGAAACACAGAGCAAUGAAGAUCCUGAUCCUGGCAUUAUUGGUCGUAGGAACGGCUGCAUGGCCUGACCGAAGAAGGCCAGGGCCAAGUGACCGGCCAGCCCGCCCACCUUUUGGAAGACCCCCACCCCCCCGUGGAGAAAGACCACCCUUCUUGCCGGACGGUGCCUUUCCCCCAUUUGGUGGCAGACCAACGGGAGGAGCAGGAGAUGAAGAGUGGAUCCCUCCAUUUGAUGAUCCUGAAUUUGGAAUGGAAGAUGACGGGUUCAUGAGGCCCACAGGCAGACCACCGUGUCGACGUCCGGGAAAACCGAACAGUGGAGAAACAGACCCUGAAACUGAGCCUGAGGGAUCUGCACAAGGCCCUGAUGAGGGAAGUCGAGGUGACAGGACUAUACGGAGGACUCCAGGAUCUGGGCGCCAGAGGGAGAGACCUGACAGGCCCCAGAGAGGCGGACGGGGGAGGAGGCCACAGGGAGAAAAGCCUAAGAAUGGUAAACCUGGAGGACGCAGGAUUAAGCCCUUCAAAGGAAAACGCCUGAAUCCUGAGGAUAUGGAAAAAAGAGAAUUCUUCCCCAUCUUCACGGCUGAAAAUGUUACCCUCCAGAAUGGCAAUGAGAUCCCCUUGAAUGAGGGAGACAAUGCAUUUCUCUUGCCAAUGGGUCCGAGGCGACGAGGACCAGAAAAGCCUGGAGAAAAUGCCCCUCAGGAACUGUUUGGAUAUGGAUAUGGAGGAAUUGUGCCCUAUCUGAACAUCAAGUACAACCCAUCAUCUACGCCCACGGUUUCAUUUGAAUAUGGAGUCACACAGUUCUUUGGCUAGAAACCCAAGUGUGAUUUCUAACAUCUUCGAGGAUCCAUUAAAACACAUUGCAUGGGAAUUUGAUUUAGAAAUGUAGAAAUGUUAGGUACUUUUGGAGGGAUUAGUGUAAUUUAAUUAUGUAGUAAUUUUCCUCAUAUCCUACACUGUAUUAAGGAAUUGAAGCCACUUUUAAGAUUAUUUAAGAUUACUUGUAUCUUGCUUAGUCAUUAAACCUUUUUGCAUCCAAC